AUGGGUGAUGUCACGCUUUGUCUUCUCUUGCAUGCCAACGGCCUCAAUCGCCGCGUGUGGGCGCCAUUGGCCGAGGAUUUGGCAGCGCUGCGCGGUCGUCCUUUGGAGGAACUCACUCCGCCUCGUGCAGAGGCCUCGCUCAUGAGGAUUGGCUCAUUGUGGCUUGCUUCGCUGGACCUGCUUGGCCACGGAGCAGCGCCGGAGCUUCAGCUGGCCGGAGCAGAAACGGACUGGAUGCAGUUUCGGGAUCAGGUGGAGGCCUUCCUUGCUGAGUACCUUGCUUUGCUGCCUGAGGUUCCAAAGGAAGUGGUCGCAGUAGGUCACUCCCUGGGCGGCGGCGUCCUCUUAACCACGCAAGCUUUCGCGGAGCGACAGCGAUUUUCCCGCAUGCUUAUCUUCGAGCCAAUGUGGCUCUUUGUGGAGCCGCCUCUAUGGAAGCUGAUCAACCUACCUCCUCUGCCUCCGGAGACUACGAAGCUCGAGCCGCCGGUGGUGGCUCAAACUCUUCGUCGGCGCAGUGAAUGGCCAAGCCGUGCUGCUGCACACGCGGAUCUGUCCAAGAAGGGCUUCUUUGCUUCCUGGGACCCGCGAGUCUUCGAAGCGCAGCUGCUCCGCAGUGUUUUUUUGUUUUCAGUUGCACACUUCUGA